AUGACCAAGCUCAAUACCAAGCCAAUUACCGUUUGGCUGACCCCUUCUGGCCCCAAUCCAUGGAAGGUUGUCCUCAUUCUUGAGGAACUCCAGGUUCCCUACGUGAUUGAAUCCUUCAGGUUUAACGAUGUCAAGCUCAAGCCCUACACCGAUAUCUGUCCUAACGGUCGAGUCCCAGCGAUCGUCGAUCCCAACACUAACCUAACCCUCUGGGAAUCUGGUGCCAUUAUCCAGUAUCUGGAAGAGGUCUACGACACGGACAAGAAGCUAACCUAUGAGUCGCUCAACAAAAGGCAGCUGCUGAACCAGUACCUUCAUUUCCAGAUGAGCGGGCAAGGGCCCUACUUCGGCCAGGCUGGAUGGUUCAACGUCCUCCAUCACGAAAGAAUCCCCUCCGCCAUAGAGCGCUACAACGACCAAGUAAAGCGCUUCCUGGAGGUGUUAAACACCUGUCUUGAAGGCAAAGCCUGGCUCGUGGGCGAUAAAUGCACUUUUGCAGAUUUGUCCUUUGUGCCCUGGAACUGUCGCCUUGACAUGCUGCUGCAGACACCCCCGGGCGAGGACCCACUGGCCAAAUACCCCAAUGUGCAGGCCUGGCAUCACCGUAUGGUGGAUCGACCUUCAUGGAAACGCUGCAUGGAGGUUCGAGAUAAGCUUAUGGAUGAUCAGGGUUUAAUGCCUAAUGGGAUGCCCAAGGGGAUAAAUAAUAUUCAGGAGUACGAGGCGGAGAUUGCGCGGGAGGCUGCUGAGAAAGGGAAGGAGUAA